CGCGCUCGCCAUUGGCGCUCCGAGUCACGUGUCCGGAAGCGGCGAACGGGAAGGGCGAGUGAGCGGCUGCCCCCCUCCCUGCCCGCAGGGUUGUUUGUUGGCUGGAGGGGCGGGCGCCGCUGCUCAUGUGAUCGGCGCGGCAGGGCCCGAGCCGGACACCGUACCGCGUCCCUCCCCUCCCCCUCCCCGCAGACCGGCCCCGCCGCGCCCGGCCAUGGGGUGCUGCUACAGCAGCGAGAACGAGGCCACCGACCAGGAAGAGGAGACGAAGCGGCUGCUGGAGCCUGCUGUCAGCCCCCCGAACAAGGUGUUAAAUGGAGCUGAACAAAAUUAUCACAGCCUCCCGUCAGCCCGCACGGAUGAGCAGGCCAUGCUGUCGUCCAUCCUCGCCAAGACGGCCACUAACAUCAUUGAUGUGUCGGCUGCAGAUUCCCAGGGAAUGGAGCAGCAUGAGUACAUGGACAGAGCCAGGCAAUACAGCACGCGACUGGCGAUGCUGAGUAACAACCUGACGCAUUGGAAGAAGCUCCCACCUCUGCCGUCUCUGACCAGCCAACCGCAUCAAGUGCUAGCGAGCGAGACUGUCCCCUAUCCAGACUUGCAGCAGGUCUCCCGGAUAGCCGCCUAUGCCUUCAGUGCGCUCUCGCAGAUCCGAGUGGACGCGAAAGAAGAACUGGUUGUACAGUUUGGGAUCCCGUGAGCACGCUCGCCCGAGAGCACCUCUUUCACUUGUUUUUUUCUUUGCUUUUUUUCCUCCCUUCAAUCGGCGUCUCGCCGCUACGGAACUUGUACAUAGCCCAGAUGACCGACUAAUCACAAAGGAGACAAUAACCACCACUUAGGCCAGCCUGCUCCAGGCUUUCCCUUUCUCUUGUGUGGGUGGGGCAGGCCAGGCCAGCAUAGAUGGGUUGGGGGGAGGGGCUUUAUCACAUAGGAAGCCUUUAUUGCACAGUGUUGACCACAAAGAGAAGAAUCUCUCUAGUCACUGGAGCGGCCCUGGGGAAGGAGUAGGGGUAGCGCGGCCGCCUGGCUCUUCAGUCAAGGCAGAUGGCAGUAUUUGUACCUAGUUGCCACCUGUAAUAUUAUCGGUUGGGGGAGGGGGAAAUGGUUGCGUUCACGGUGACACAUUGGAAAUUCACCCUGCGUAGCAUUGGUUUAAAAGCUUUCCCACGACGAUCAUGGUUAGUUUCAGGGGUGGGGCAGGACCGAGUUAUAUUUUUAAAGGACACACCGCAACAAAUCGUGGCUGCCGGGGUCUGAGGCUCUGCUCGCAGGACUGGCUGUUUCUAACACCACUUGUUUUUACAUGGUUGAACCUUUGUAUUUUAAUUUUUUUUUUUUUUUUUUUUUGGGCCAUAAUAGAUAAAAUACAUUCAUCCAA